AUGGCUCGUACGAGAGAAGAUGCUGCCGCCGCCGCAGCCGCCGCCGCGAACGACUCCGAGGCCGCUGGUACUUCUCCUCCUCCCGCCCGUGGUCGCGGUCGUCCCAAGGGAAGCCUGAACAAGACCACGACGGGCGGCGUGACAAAGUCUGCCAACUCCGCCGCCGUAGGCUCCGGCGCUGCCGCCAACCCGACCGGCCGAGGACGCGGUCGACCCCCAAAGGGUGACAAGCCAAAGGCCCCCGCCUACAUCCCCACCGGCCGUCCCCGCGGCAGACCCAAGGGGAGCGGGAAGAAGUCUGCCGCGACCACCGCCAGCACCGCCGCCAGCACCGCCGCCGCCGUCGCCGCCGCCACGACUGCCGCCAAGGUUCCCGGACGAGGACGCGGUCGUCCGCGCAAGGUGGCGGUCGACGGCACCGCCGCCGCCGUCACCGCCGCCGUCGCCAAUGCAUCGCCUGCUGCUCCCAAGAGGCGCGGCCGUCCUCCUAAGAAGGUGGUCGAGCAGGAGGUGGAGGUGGACGAAGACGAGGACGAAGACGAAGAGGCUGAUGAAGACGAAGACGCCGCUGGUGAGACCGUCACUGAUGACCAGAAUGGCGACGAUGCCGAUGCAGACGCCGAUGCCGACGCCGACGCCGACGAAGCUCAAUAG